AUGAGUAAUAACUAUCGACGUAUUCUCUUCGAAAUAACAAUUGAUCCACGUUUACCAAUAAAAGGCUUUGCAGAUAUCAAAGAACAUAGUGCAUAUGACACAGAAGACGAAGUACUGAUUAUAUUGGAAGCUCUCUAUCGUAUUGAUAACAUAAUCGAAGAUUCUAAAGAAGGAUUUCAUGUGGUUCAAUUAUCUUUAGCUAGCAACACCGAUGAUCGUUUGAAAGAAAUGUAUGAUCAUUUGAAACGAACAAUCAAUCAUGAAUAUACAUUCGAUGCUCUCGGAAAAAUUCUUCAUGAAAUGGGUGAAUAUCAACAGGCGCUGAAAUACUAUGAUUGA